GUGAUGAAACGCUGUGGGUUCUUAAAGGUCAUCCAACAAUGUUUAUGCAUAUACGUCACAAGGCCAAUACCUCUAGGCUAGAAGCAAGCCUAGGAAAAUAUGCAUCUUACUGUGGUUUUAAUAUCAGGACAGUUCUAACCAUACAGCUGAAUUUACUCGAUUAACUGCCCUUAAAUUUUAAAAAAACAUUGUCAAAAUUAUGGUACAAAUGUUCUGAUCUGCUACAUGUUAUUCAAAGAAACUUCUCAUUCAAUAAAUACAUAAUAGCCUCCUAUACUUAUGACUCAUCAACCAAUAAAAAUUGCAGUCGAAGAAAUCGAUGUUAAUUAUGAAAAUUAUUUAACUUAUCUUAAGCAACGUAAUAAAGAAAAAGAAUUAUUACAUAGAAAAACAGACGAGGAUUUAGAGAAAGAACGUUUAGAGAAAGGCUUUCAGUUGUAUUUUAAUGCAGCGACAAAGUAUUUGAAACAUAAAUCCUAUGAACAUCGUAUUACUAACAACAAGUUAAAAAAUAAAAGCAAUAAAAAUGAUUCGAGUAGACUGACAGAAAAAAUCAAACGUAAAUCAUGGGAUGUUGUCAAUAUACCAUUUCGUGAAAUACCAUUUACUAAAGAAAAUAGUUGUUUAUCACAAUCUACUAAUCCGAAAACUGUAAUUUGUAAAAAUUUACUAAAAAAUUCACCGUCAACCUAUCAACAAAAUGAGCAUGGAUCACAAUUAAAUUAUUUAUCAAUGAAAAAUAAUUCUAUGUACAAUGAAACUGCAUUUAACUUGAUUCAUAAUGAGAAUAAUAUGAAUAGUUCACAAAGUGAUAUAAAUUUAUUUGAAAAAUUAAACACGAUUACAUUUCAUUUGGAUAUUUUUGAUAACUGGGGUGAUAAAACAUGGGUUGGAUUAAAUGGUAUUGAAGUUCUGAUGAAUAGUUCUAGCUCAGUGAAAAUUUAUCCUGAAACAAUCAGUAUUUAUAAAAUCAAUUCAAAUGAUAAUAGUAAUUCUUUAAUUCAAAGUGAAAAUCUUUUCAAAUCAUUUUUUAAGACUACAAAUAUUCAAGAUAUGUGGAUGACAAAUGUUGAAAAUCUUCCAUUACGUAUCCAAUUUACAUACUCGUUUCAGCAAUUCUCAUCAAAAGAUACAAUCACUUUAAAUAUAUGGAAUAUCAUAAAUCCAGAUCUAUUCACUGUUGGCGCUAGAAAAUGUCUUCUUACCGUAAUUUAUGAUGAUAGAAUAUUGGUGCUGUAUAAUGAUAUUCUUCCAGUAGAAAAUUCAAUGACUAGUGUAAUUUUAAAUAUCAACGAAAUAAUACCUUUUGAAAAACUUCAUUCUGUCACAAAUUCACCAGUCGAUAAUUCUAAUGAAUCAAACCUAGAUGUUAAUGAACUCAUUCCCAGUGAAACAUGUCGUAAUGACAAUAAGUUAAAACAUAAUAUUAAAACUAGACUGAAUGUUUGGUUUCCUAAUUCACAAAUUAAUAAAAUCGAUGAUUCUACUAAAAAUAAUCUUUUAUCUAAAGUAAAUGAAGAUUUAUUAAAUUCUUCAUUCAAUAGAAUUAAUAUGAAAUGUAUCACCAGUGGACUUGUACAUAAGAAUAAACUAUUAGAAGAAUCAUGGAGUUCACUGGAUUUUUUUGAUCAUUUUCACAAAGGUCGAAUUUCUAUGAAAAAUAAUAUUUCAGAAUAUUUAUCAAAUAAUCAAUUAUCAGAUUCACUGUCCGAUAAACUUGAUGAAAAUUCAACAUUGAACAACAGUUCGUCUUAUUUCAUUUUGCAUGAAACAAAAACUCCACAAACUAUGAAUAAUUCAAUAAAAUAUUAUCCACCAAGAAUUUAUUCAAAAGAAUUUUCCAUUCCAGAAUUACCAUUUGGUCAUAGAUUAAUAUUGGAUAUAAUUUCAACAUGGGGAGAUCAAUAUUAUGUUGGUUUAAAUGGUAUUGAAAUAUUCACAUCGAAUGGUAUGAAUAUUACAACUCUAUGUCAAAUUACAGCCAAUCCAUUAGAUAUUAAUAUUUUACCCGAUUAUCAUAAUGAUCCAAGAAUUGUAACUAAUCUCAUUGAUGGUAUUAAUUGGACACGUGAUGAUACACAUAUGUGGUUAACACCAUUUACAUCCGGUGAAAGACAUUUCAUUGAGAUUACACUACCAAAAUGGAUUGAAUCACCGAUUGCUUUAUUACGUAUAUGGAAUUAUAAUAAAUCACGUGUGCAUUCAUAUCGUGGUGUUAAAGAAUUACUAAUUUAUUUAGAUAAUCAACCUAUAUUUUAUGGGGAAAUUAGUAAAGCUUCAGGUUUAGAAUUUGGUGAACCUGAAGAUUUUUGUGAAACUAUAUUAUUUUGUACAAAUAAUCAAAUUUUAAAUUUGAUUGGAAAAAAUGAUACUCUAUUAAGAUUGAAAGAGAAUGAUUAUUUGAAUGACAUAUGCAUGGAGAUUAGCGAAGAUUUUAAAAAACGACCUGUUACACGUGUAUCCAUGUCAGAUAUUAAUGAAUCUGAUGUCAAUAUAAAUAUACCUGAUGAUCGUCCUCUGUCUUCAGCAAUGUCCGAACUAGCCAUUGUAGAAAAAAGCCCAGAAUUAAGCAUGACAUAUUGCAUUGAAAUUACUUUACUUGAACCAUGGGUUCAUGGAUCUGAGUAUAUUGGGCUAACAGGUAUUGAAUUUUUAGAUAAAACUGGGAAUCCAAUAAAAAUCAAAUCUAUAUGUUUGAAUGAUAAUGACAAUAAUAAUUCAGUUUUUUCGAAUAUCACUGAUAAAACUAGUGACAGAUGUAUAGAAAAUUUAAUAAAUACAAAAAAUAUUACCACUGAUGCAAAUGAUAUGUGGCACACUGUGUACAGAGCGAAUUCAUCACCUCCAGUACUAAGAUUUUAUCCUGAUUUACAGAAUUCAUUGUUAUUAUCAACAUUUAAUUCAUUACGUAUAUGGAAUUAUAAUGAUCGACAAGUUGGUAAUGAUUAUGGUUGUAAAUUAAUUGACAUUAAAUUGAAAAAACUAGAAUCUAAUUAUCCAGAUGAUUUCAUUUUAAAUGAAUUAACAAUUUUAUUACGUCAAGCACCAGGUCAUACAGAAUAUCCAUUUGAACAAACAAUUCUGCUAUCGGAAUUUCAAGAAAAUACCAAUGUUCUUCAAAAUAUAUCGGCUAGAAUUAAAUAUCAUCAUUUACCAAUUGGAUUUGUUUAUCAAUUUAAUAUAUUCUCCAGUUGGUAUGAUCAAUUUUAUGUUGGUUUAGAUGGAAUACAAUUAUUAUCAUAUGAUGGUAAUAUUAUACCGAUUAAUAAAAAUGAAAUUUAUGCUUAUCCAAGUUCAGUGAAUGAUCUACAAUUAAAUCAAUCAUUAUUUCCUGAUUUACGUACAGUUGAUAAAUUAGUAGACAAUGUAAUUAGUAAUAAUUAUAAUGAAAUGUCUAAACAUUGUUGGUUAAGUCCAAUAAUUCCAAAAAUAAUUAAUAAAAUAUUUAUUGUUUUCAACAGACCAAUUUGUAUUGCUGGUGUACGAUUAUGGAAUUAUAUGAGAACACCGGAACGUGGUGUUAGAGAAUUUUCUAUUUUAGUUGAUGACAAACUUUUAUUUCGUGGUUAUUUACCAAAAUUUAAAAAUCAUUUGGAAUUUAAUCAUCAUCAUCAUCAUCAUCAUCACCGUAAUAAAUUGUUUAGUAGUCGAAUUAAAAAAACAAAUGAACAGAAAUUAUUUUGGACAAAUAAUCAUAGCUCAGUGCGAGCUUAUUCAAUUGUUUCAUUUGAUUCAGAAAUUUUAAUUGGAUUAGGUGAGAAUCCACAGUGUAUAUUAAGUAUGCAUAAAUCAUCGAACUAUUGUGAUGUCAAUUUAGCAGGGACUGAUAUGAUUAAUGAGCAAUUCAGUUAUCCAUCAUAUACUACUCGAUUAAAGAAAAUUAAUCAAGCACUUCGACCGUCGACAUGUGUUACCACUCAAUGUAAACCUAAGGAUACAAUAUAAAUUGUAUUAUCCGUCUUUUAAAUUGAGCGAAAUGAAAAAAAGCCAACUUAACAAAUUUUCCGUGGUCCCGGUGUUGUGUUAGUGUAUUCAGUCAGAAAAGUUAACACAUUUAAAAGCGAAAUAAUAUUUACGCCUUAUUCAUUUAGCUACUCACCAGUAGCUAAAGUAACUCUUUGUACAUAUAUCCUUUUCUUUACGGAAUAUUAAUCAUUUUCAAUGUUUUGUUCACUUGCUAUUUUUCAAUAAAAUAAUCAUUAUUAA